GAGUGUGCGCGCGCUGGUAUAAUCUGACAGCACGCUGGGGCUGCGUUUCCCAAGAAAAGCUCAGCUCUCUCAGUUUUCUGCCCGUCUUAUUGCCGCUCUCAUUGUCUUUGCCGACAGUGAUAAAGAGAGCAGUUCAACCACGGGCCUGUUUUUGGAAUAAGAAAAGCAUUGCUGUUUUCUGACUUUGAGAGAAGAAAGAAGGGACUCCUCUGGAAUUUCCUAAGGAUUUUAUUCGGACAGCCCCGUUACCGGGGCUUUGCAUUCUACCGCCUGGGUAUAUAAUGUGACCAAGUACUCUACACUAGGGAGAUUCUGAGGAGUUCUCUUCUUUCAUCACUCUGGUCCGAGGCAGCAAUCGCAAAUCAUUAUUCCAAACAGGUGGGGGCAAAGGGAGCAAUCUUUUCAGUGGUGAGUCGGCGAGGUAAAACUGCAGCAGCGGGCAGCAUGUUGGCACCUGCAUGAACCCAACAGAGGAGCCUCAUUUCUUGUUCUCUUUCCUGAGACGUCAACCACAGGAUGAGGCCUGCGGCAGGUCUCAGGAGAGAGAAUGUUCCAUGACUUUCACACCUUCGACCUCAAGCUCUUGAACUGUUGGGAGGGUUGCUUGAGUGCUGAAAGGCUGUGAAUACCCUGCAUCUGAGAAAUCAGACCAGACUGACUCACAGGGCUCUGUGAGCCAGCGCCACCGAGGCUGCCAAAGCAUGCUGGUGCCAAGCUGUCCCACCAUGCACAGAGCCAGACCCACGCUGCUGCUGCCGCUGCUGCUUGUCCUGGGUCUGUUCCUCCACCUCGCCGACGCUCAAACACCACCAAAGUUUUUAAGAACCCCCAAUGACCAAACAGGCGUGCAAGGAGGCGUGGCGUCCUUCAUUUGCCAAGCUACGGGAGAUCCACGGCCGAAGAUUGUGUGGAACAAGAAGGGGAAGAAAGUCAGCAACCAGAGAUUUGAGGUAGUGAUAGAGUUCGACGACGGCUCUGGUUCAGUGCUAAGAAUUCAGCCAUUGCGCACGCCCCGAGAUGAAGCCAUAUAUGAAUGUGUCGCCUCCAACAGUGUUGGAGAGACGAGCGCUACCACCAGACUCACUGUUUUACGUGAGGACCAGCUGCCCCCUGGUUUCCCCACCAUAGACAUGGGCCCACAGUUGAAAGUGGUGGAGCGAACACGCACUGCCACCAUGCUCUGUGCCGCCAGCGGCAACCCCGAUCCAGACAUCUCCUGGUUUAAAGACUUCCUCCCUGUCAACACCACCAACAACAAUGGGCGCAUUAAGCAGCUCAGAUCAGAAUCCUUUGGUGGUACACCAAUAAGAGGAGCCCUCCAGAUAGAGCAGAGCGAAGAGUCUGACCAGGGGAAGUAUGAAUGUGUGGCGACCAACAACGAUGGAACCCGCUACUCUGCCCCAGCGAAUCUUUAUGUCAGAGAGCUGCGAGAAGUACGCCGGGUGCCACCGCGAUUCUCCAUUCCACCUACAGACAAUGAGAUCAUGCCAGGCGGCAGUGUCAAUAUCACGUGUGUGGCAGUGGGCUCGCCCAUGCCAUAUGUCAAAUGGAUGUUGGGUGCUGAGGACCUGACGCCAGAGGACGACAUGCCUAUUGGACGGAACGUCUUGGAGCUCACAGACGUCCGGCAGUCAGCCAAUUACACCUGUGUGGCCAUGUCAACCCUGGGGGUGAUAGAGGCUGUGGCACAGAUAACAGUGAAAGCAUUGCCCAAGGCUCCUGGCAUUCCUGUGGUGACCGAGCGCACAGCCACCAGCAUAACAUUGACUUGGGAUUCCGGCAAUCCUGAACCAGUGUCCUACUACAUCAUCCAACACAAGUCCAAGUACUCAGAGGACUCGUAUAAAGAGAUUGAUGGUGUAGCUACCACUCGAUACAGCGUAGGAGGCCUCAGCCCGUACUCAGACUACGAGUUUCGGGUGGUGGCGGUGAACAACAUUGGGCGAGGGCCACCCAGUGAGAGCAUCGAGGCCAAAACAGCUGAGCAGGCACCCAGCACGGCACCAAGGCAGGUCAGAGGUCACAUGCUGAGCACCACCACAGCUGUCAUCCACUGGGAUGAACCUGAGGAGGCUAACGGGCAGAUCAUGGGCUAUCGAGUCUACUACACCAUGGAUUCCACCCAGCACGUCAACCUCUGGGAGAAGCAGAUAGUUCGGGGGUCUAACUUUGUCACCAUCCAGGGCCUCAUCCCCAAUAAGACCUACUACAUCAAGGUUUUGGCCUACACCUCAGUAGGCGACGGACCUCUUUCCCCAGACCUUCAAAUCAUCGCAAAGACAGGAGUUCCCUCCCAACCAACUGACUUCAAAGGAGAAGCCAAAUCAGAAACAAGUAUUUUGCUGUCAUGGAUCGCCCCAGCACAGACCGGACAGGAAAAUCAAAUCACAGGAUAUGAUCUUAUAUACAGGAAGAGGGAUGACAAAGAGGAGAAACGUAUCAGCUUUGAGCCGACAACAACAUACUUGCUAAAGGACUUGAAGCCCUUCACUACUUAUACUUUCCGGCUGGCUGCCCGUAGUAAACAUGGAGUUGGAGCUUACACCAAUGAGAUCUCGGCAGAAACUCCACAGACACAACCCUCGGGCCCACCUCAAGGAGUCAAGUGCUAUAGCCCCAGCUCCACCAAUGUCCUGGUAAGUUGGCGGCCACCACCAGUGGAAUUACAAAAUGGGAUCAUAACGCAGUACACCAUCCAAUAUGCUGCAACUGAAGGGGGAAAUACUACUGCUCUUCAAAUCACCAACAUACCACCGGAAAGCUCUCAGUACCUUUUGGAAAACUUGGAGAAAUGGACAGAGUACCGUGUGACGGUCACUGCUCAUACAGAUGUCGGGGCAGGACCGGAAAGCCUGCCACAGCUCAUCCGCACAGAGGAGGAUGUUCCUAGCGGGCCACCUCGUAAAGUUGAGGUGGAGGCUGUCAACUCCUCAUCAAUUAAAGUGAUCUGGCGUUCACCGAUGCCCACCAAGCAGCACGGUCAGAUCCGAGGGUACCAGGUGCACUAUGUCAGGAUGGUUAAUGGGGAGCCCACAGGACAGCCAGUCAUCAAGGACAUCCUGAUUGAUGAUGCCCAGUGGGAAUAUGAUGAUUCAACCGAACAUGAAAUGAUCAUCACAGAACUGCAGGCUGAGACCACAUAUUCAGUAACUGUGGCAGCCUAUACGACAAAGGGCGACGGUGCACGCAGCAAGCCCAAACUGAUCACCACCACUGGCGCAGUUCCUGAUAAACCACGGCUAAUGGUCAGUACAACCAACAUGGGCACAGCUCUCCUCCAGUGGCAUCCCCCAGCAUUAACCCAUGGUCCCUUGCAAGGCUACCGCCUCCGUUUUGGCCGCAAAGACGUGGAUCCACUGACUGUCAUCGAGUUCCCCGAGCGAGAGAACCACUACACUACCAAAGAGAUCCAUAAGGGAGCCUCAUACACUUUUCGCCUUUCCGCGCGCAACAAGGUGGGCUUUGGCGAAGAAACGGUCAAAGAAGUCACCACAAAUGAGGAUGUCCCAAGCGGCUACCCUCAGAGCAUUACAGCAGAGGGCGCCACCACCUCCACCAUUCAGGUUAGCUGGCAACCUGUUUUGCUGGCAGAGCGAAACGGCCAAAUAGUGAAAUAUGCUCUGCAGUAUAAGGACAUCAACAGCCCACGCAGUCCCUCGGAACUCUUCAUCACCGCCCCGGAAUCAACAGUCAUCCUGGAUGGCCUUAAGGCAGAUACCACUUAUGAUAUUAAAAUGUGUGCCUUCACCAGCAAGGGCUCUGGUCCCUAUAGCCCAAGUGUCCAAUUCAGGACACAGCCUUUGGAUCAAGCAGUGUUUGCAAAAAAUUUUCACGUGAGAGCUGCCAUGAAGACAUCCGUGUUGCUGACCUGGGAAAUCCCAGACACCUACAACCCAGCUCAGCCUUUCACUAUCCUCUAUGAUAAUGGGCAGAGUGUGGAGGUGGAUGGGAAGCUAACACAGAAGCUAAUCACGGGUCUUCAGCCUGAGACACAGUACUCCUUUCUCCUAACCAAUCGUGGCAACAGUGCCGGAGGUCUGCAGCAUCGUGUUUCCACCAUGACGGCCCCAGACAUCCUCCGCACCAAACCAUAUCUGAUUGGUAAAACCAACUCAGAUGGUAUGGUGACUGUGGAGCUACCAUCAGUGCAGACAUCUGAGAAAAUAAGGGGAUACUACAUUGUGGUAGUGCCUCUGAAGAAGCAGCGCACUGGCAAGUUUUUCAAACCCUGGGACAAUCCGGACGAGAUGAAUUUGGAGGAGCUGCUGAAGGAGAUAAACCGUACAAGUAGAGGCCUUCGAUUCCGGAGGCAGGCAGAGCCCAAAGCCUACAUCGCUGCUUCCUUCAUAGACCUGCCCAGCGACUUCACCCUGGGAGAUGGAAAGACCUACAGGGGCUUUGAAAACAAGAAACUCCAGAAUGGCCAGGAGUACAUCUUCUUUGUGCUCGCUGUUUUGGAGAUGUCUGAAAACAUCAUGUACGCCACCAGCCCCUACUCCGACCCAGUUGUAUCAACUGACAUCGAUCCCCAGCCGAUCAUCGACGAGGAGGAAGGCCUGAUCUGGGUGGUGGGCCCUGUGCUAGCCGUUGUCUUCAUCAUAUGCAUCGUCAUUGCCAUCCUCCUCUACAAAAGCAAACCAGACAGAAAAAGAGCAGAAUCUGAAGCUAGGAAAGGCAGUCUCCCCAACAGCAAGGAAAUGCCACUGCAUCAUCCCACUGACCCUGUUGAACUUCGACGCCUCAACUUCCAAACGCCUGGUUCAGGUGCGUCCAGUCACCCCAGUAACCUCCAUUUGUCAAGUAUGGCUAGCCACCCUCCAAUCCCAAUUAUGGACCUGGCAGAUCAUCUAGAGCGCCUGAAAGCCAACGACAACCUCAAGUUUUCACAAGAAUAUGAGUCCAUCGACCCUGGCCAGCAGUUCACAUGGGAGCACUCCAACCUGGAGGUCAACAAACCAAAGAACAGAUAUGCCAACGUGAUUGCCUACGACCACUCCAGAGUCUUGCUCUCUGCUAUUGACGGUAUCCCUGGAAGUGAUUAUAUCAAUGCCAACUACAUCGAUGGCUACAGGAAGCAGAAUGCCUACAUUGCCACCCAAGGAUCUCUGCCAGAGACGUUUGGUGAAUUCUGGAGGAUGAUCUGGGAGCAGAGGAGUGCAAUCAUCGUCAUGAUGACAAAACUGGAGGAGAGGUCCAGGGUGAAAUGUGACCAAUAUUGGCCUACAAGAGGGACAGAGACAUACGGCCUCAUCCAAGUGACACUACUAGACACAGUAGAGCUGGCCACAUACUGUGUCAGGACAUUUGCACUUUUUAAAAAUGGCUCCAGUGAGAAGAGAGAGGUGAGGCAGUUUCAGUUCACGGCCUGGCCAGACCACGGGGUACCGGAGCACCCCACUCCGUUCCUGGCCUUCCUGAGACGGGUGAAAGCUUGCAAUCCUCCAGAUGCAGGGCCCAUGGUGGUACACUGCAGUGCUGGGGUGGGACGCACAGGUUGCUUCAUCGUGAUUGAUGCCAUGAUGGAGCGUAUCAAGCACGAGAAGACUGUGGACAUCUAUGGGCACGUAACACUAAUGCGUGCCCAGCGCAACUACAUGGUGCAGACAGAGGACCAGUAUGUCUUCAUACAUGACGCGCUGCAAGAGGCCGUCAACUGCGGCACCACCGAAGUGCCCGCCAGAAACCUAUACGCCUACAUCCAGAAACUGACGCAAAUAGAAGGUGGAGAGAAUGUCACCGGCAUGGAACUUGAGUUCAAGCGUUUAGCUAACACUAAAGCCCAUACAUCACGAUUCAUCAGUGCCAAUCUCCCCUGCAACAAGUUCAAGAAUCGCCUUGUUAACAUAAUGCCAUACGAGUCCACACGAGUGUGUCUUCAGCCCAUUCGAGGAGUUGAGGGCUCUGACUACAUCAAUGCCAGUUUCAUUGAUGGGUACAGGCAACAGAAAGCCUAUAUUGCCACACAGGGACCACUGGCAGAGACCACAGAGGACUUCUGGAGAAUGCUCUGGGAGCACAACUCUACUAUUGUCGUUAUGCUCACCAAGCUUAGAGAAAUGGGCAGGGAAAAAUGCCACCAGUACUGGCCAGCAGAGAGGUCGGCCAGAUACCAGUACUUUGUGGUGGACCCCAUGGCCGAGUAUAACAUGCCCCAGUAUAUACUGAGAGAGUUCAAAGUGACUGAUGCCAGGGAUGGACAGUCACGAACAGUAAGGCAGUUUCAGUUCACAGACUGGCCUGAACAAGGAGUGCCAAAAUCAGGAGAGGGCUUUAUCGAUUUCAUUGGCCAAGUACAUAAAACAAAAGAGCAGUUCGGCCAAGAUGGGCCUAUCUCUGUCCACUGUAGCGCGGGUGUUGGUAGAACUGGAGUUUUCAUCACCCUCAGCAUCGUCUUGGAACGAAUGAGAUACGAGGGCGUAGUAGACAUCUUUCAGACAGUGAAAAUGUUACGGACACAGAGACCAGCUAUGGUGCAGACAGAGGAUCAAUACCAGUUCUGCUACAGAGCUGGCUUGGAGUACCUGGGAAGCUUUGAUCACUAUGCAACGUAAAAGACCCAGUAUUGGAAGAAAAAAGCAGAGGGCCCUUUGGAAAGAAAACCCAGUGAGCCUCUCUUCUGAGCCAUAAAUUCCUGCUUGAGAAAGUACUCCUUAACUCCUUGCUAACAACUCAUUAAGUGUUGGAUGUGUGACAUGACUUGUCAAAAAAUGAAAAAGAUGAUUCCCGGAGGACCAAGUAUUUCCCAACCCCGAUAAAACCUCGCCUUGAAACAAAGCGAGGGAAUCCUGACUGUUGAAGCAUCGUACGGAAUUACCUUUUCUUUUGCUUCAAGGAUUCAUUUUGGGGCUCAUAAAACUGAAUGAAACCAACACAACAAAAAAGUAAAUGAACAAUAAUGACAUCGUCAGAAAUGCAUCAAUGAUUAUGAACCAUUACGAGAGGCAUUGGAGGCACACAGAAUUGCGGGGGGAAAAAACUUGAUGCACAUUGUAAAGAAAAAAAAAUCUGUUUCACAAUCAAGUACACACAGACAACCCAUCGAAAAAGAAGACAAUGCUUGGUCCACAACAGCAGGACAGACUUAAAGUAAUAAUGAAUAAAUACCCCUUUCCUGUCGCAAUGUUCAUCAUCUAAAUUUUGGGAGAGGGUAAAGCUCAAAUGAUCUAUGAAAUAAAUAAAAAUUAUUGAUUUAGUUUUUUAGUACUUUAUUAUACAGCUGAUGUGCUUUUUUUGAACUGUGUGAAUUUCCUUUUUUUACACAAAUUUAUCGCUUGGGAAAAAAAGUGAUAAAACGUAUUUACGUAAAUGUUAUUUUUUUUUAAAGCUGUAGAACUGUUCUGACGUAUGUGCUAUUUUGCAGAGGAUCUCUUUGCUUGUUUUUUUUUUUUUUUUUUAUUAUUUUGUUUUUAUUUUUCCCUCAUUUUGUUGCACUUGGUGCACGGAACAGAAUUCACACUACCAAAAUGUAAGUUUGUUCAAGAGUUAUUUUCGGGUCUUGAUUUUUCUCUUUGGUUUUGUUUCUGUCCAUGAUCACAUACAUGGUACCUUAAUUACUCCCAUAAGAUAAACUGGGGCUUUGUGGAAUCAACAGGGAUGAGCAAAGUAUGAAGUUGCUGCUACCGAUUAUCUUAGUUCUUCCAUGUUAGAAGGAUGACAAGAGAGAACCUGAUGAAUUGGAUAAGAUAUAUGAAUAUAUAGAUAUAUGGUACAGAUUGUCAAAUAUAUGUGAAAUAUAUAUUAAAGCAUAAAUAUAACAUUCUCUAUAUAUUGAUAAAGUACAUAAUUUAUGAGUAAAAAGUAUAUGAAAUAUGGAUCAUCUAUGAAAGCUUCCAAAUUGAGAGUCGUGUGCUAUGGGGGAAAUGAAAUGAGAUUUUUCACUGGAAUGCACAUCAGUAGGACAAAAUUGUAUUCUGAUUCAGUGCAUCUUUUCUUGUGCAAUAAAUAUGUGUGUUUUUAGAUAGGGUUUUAUGUGGAUAUGUCAUUCACUCAUGACAUUGUUGUUCCCCCCGCAACUGAGGUGUGGGAGUGGGAAUGUCAGGUGCCAGUCACAGCAUCACUGGUGCAUUUUUUUCCAAGCUCUCCUACAGUCUGUAAUUAGAGGUAGAGGGGUCACACAGCCGCAAUCACCGCUCCACACAAUAGGGCAAGGUACAAAGACGUCACUUUCUUGUGGUUCUUUAAAGCGUUCAAUGGUAAUGACAUUUCUUUUUUCAUUUUGCAUUUAGAGUGCCUUAUAUUUAUGCCUGUUUUUAUAAUGUUUCAUUUAACAUGUUAAUGUAUCCUUUGAGUAACCUAGGCAUUUAGUAUAAAUGUAACUGUAUAGUUUAUUUACCUUUAGUAUUCAUUUGUCACACGAUGAGAUUAUAUAUGCAAAUAAGAACAUUUCAAAACUCAUAUUUUUCAUUUUCAGUGGCCUUAUUGUGGCUGAGUGAAUUAGAAUACAACUGUUUAUAUAUCACUGACCUCGGCAGAAAACAGUCAACAAUACACAGUAGUUACACAACAUAUAUUUAACAUUUCCAGACAUAGAGACAGGGAUGAGAUUGCAGAAUACUGCUCUCAGAACUAAACAGGAUGAAGGCCCAAACAUUACAGUCAUGAGCUUUUCACCAACUGUCACCAUGGUCGCAUUUUAAAAUUGUCAAACGAAAAAUAGAUUCGGUCAAAAAGAAUGCCUAAUGCGCAGGUCAUCACCGCAGGGUUUCUUCUUCUUCAUGCCUUAGGUUUGAAUCCCAGACUUCAUGUGUGUCACUACAGAGAGCAGAUAUAGAGAAACACAAUCUGCAACGAAAUUUCAGUUCUGUUAUCCUGACAAUCCUAAACGGUGUUCCUUUUUUUACGACGUUACACUUAGAGACUGGGGUUUAGUUGGGUUGUGUUUCAGUCUUCGUGUUGAGCAGCAUCUUUAACUUCUCCAUACCCUCUUUGAUGGCUUUGUGGAUGUGCAUUCCAGGUGCUUUCUUUCCCUUGUUAACUCAAGCAGCUAUGUGUUUUACUUUUGUCAACUGCUUAACUGAUUACUUUUGUCAUAAUUUUUGAGAUAUAAAAGUGCUAUUAUUUAACCUCAUGGUGGCUAACGUUACAUUAUGUUCAAGUCUCGGAUGUUUAUUUUCUCAUCUCAGUUUUUCCUUGUUUUUAAAAAAUGGAUUUUCCAUAUGCAGGGUGAAACAUUGCAGAAUGGCCGAAGCUGGCCUGGUAGGAAGAUUUGCACUUUCUCUAUCUUUGUACUAUGCACUGCCCUAUUGAUUCUAAACCCAAUAAUAUAUUACUUGAACCCAUCUAUAAAAAAAAAAAAAAUCUCCUUAAACGUUCACUUUGUGUGUAUGUAAAUAACACAAAAAAGGUAUCAACUCUUGAAAAAGACAAAAAAAAAAAAAAGUUUGUGGCGAAAAAGAGCAUCCAUUCUGAUGAUGCCAUGGUUACUCCAGCAGAUGACUUCAGAAAAAUCUGUCCCCCAACCAUCUGUUCUUGUGGCUUUGCCAUUCAAGCUUGGAGUGUCAUUAACAGAAAUAAACGUUGUGUUCUCUGCUCUCUCUAUCUAUCUCUCGUCUGGAUGCAUAGACUGAAAAUUAAAUAAUGAAAUUGUAAAAAAAAAAAAAAAAAUGGCUUGUUAAAAAGAUCAUACAAUUACCUCUGAUUAGUUGUAAGCGUAAACUGUUUCUUUUUCUGAAUGAAAGGAGUGCUUUUUAUUUUCUUACUUAGGUUACAUUGGUGGCGAAAGAAGUCUGUAUGAAAAUCAGUUCUUUGCUGACACAAGUUCCAUUUGUUAUAAAUUAAUUCUAUUAAAAAAUGUCAGUGUUAUGCA